CGUGAUUUCAACACAUGAGAAAUAAGAAUUUUUUCGAGGAUGUUGCAAUUAAGUUCGAACGUCCUUCAAGUAAGAAAACACCACUCCACUUGAUUCAGAAAGACUGAGAUUGGAGUCCGCGUGCUGUGCAGUCGUGGCUAGGGCGCUGGGUGAGCAGCUGUAGUUCGCCCGGUUAGCGACUUCCCAUAGGAGGCUGGAUGACUGCUGGCUACCUCCAGACUAUACCGGCUACUAACAUACAAGGGUCUUCGUACUCAGGUAAUGAAUAUCUGAAAGAUAAGGGAGCUAGUGAAGUUUCGUGGUGAUAAAAACAAGAGCUGAUGAUGCGUCGUCUAAGAGCGCCAAGUUUGAGCUGUGUGGUGGCGAUGGUGGUGUUAGUGGCCGCCCUGGUCUGUUACAGCACCACUCACCUGCCCCAAGUCCUCCCCUGGUUCACGGACCCCUGCACCCAUGAGUGCCUGGGACCAUACUUUUCCGGACGGAUUCAUCUAGAAGACCCGGAGCUCGUGCCCUUGUUGAAAGAGAGAUACCUACACCCGCCCCCACUACACCCUGACAAGGCGGGGUUCGACGUCGACCGUCCUCCUUGGAGGGAGCUCUUGGGAUGGUAUACAAUCCAGGAAAUGCUCAAGAAUCUGUGGGGGAAUCAGGCUCCUGGGGUGUUCGUGGAGGUAGGGGCAGCAGACGGGGAGUUUAUGAGCCAGACGCUUAUGCUGGAGAAGAAUUAUAGCUGGACUGGUCUGUUGAUAGAGCCGGACCCUCGCUCCUUCCGAAUCCUACAGGAGCGCCGCCGCAACGCUUGGACCUCCCCUGUCUGUAUUAACUUAGGGGCAGCCAGACCGCUGCUACUGUGGCUAAGGGACCUGAUAGAGGGCCUCCCACAGGAACUGCAGGGGCUCGUCAUGGCGAGGAGCAAGCUCUCCGACAACAUAGUGCAAGGGGACGAGAAACAAGGCAAGAGAGUGUACGUGCCCUGCCUGCCACUCUCCAAGCUCCUGGUGGCCGCCAACAUGACCCAGAUUGAUCUCCUCACCAUCGCCACAGGUACAGGAGGAGACCACCUCAAGAUCUUGGACGUCACCUUGAACAAAAAAGAAUUUGAUGUUAAGACGCUCCUCAUCCAGUACCCGAGGUCCUACCUGCUUAGUAAACAGUACCCAAUGGUCCCUGGGUACAUAAUGGACAUGGGUCGCUCGGAGCUGCUUGUGAGACUCUACUGGAGGACCUCCCACUGUCGUCUGCUGGAGGAGGGAAAAUGCAGGAGGGUUAAGUAUUACGACCUGUUUGAAGCCUGCAUGAAGUACCUGUGCAUGGACUUCGCUAUUGUCUGGACCGUCAAUUCACAACAAUCAUAGCGCCAGACACCUUCAUGUGUUGACGUUCUGUGUGUGUGUGUGUGUAACAAAUAAGUCCUCCACAAACAAUUGAUGAUCACACUCCUAGUAAAUUCAACCAGUGAAUCACAAGUAUCUGGUCAAAUACCCGAUAGGUAUUGUUGAUGUUAUAAAAAAAACAUAUAUCUUUACUUA